GCGAAGCACAAAGACGAAGACCGCAUGCUAUGGUUGUUCGGAGAUUCUUCGAAUUCACGAUCUUAAAGUCAUAGGAUUCACAGCAAAUAUAGCAACAGAUAUCUCAAUUGGUAUUUUCCAAAGCCACGAAACGUGCAUUGAGUUUGGAGCGAUAUCUGAAGUGAAGAUUGAAGACGUGAUAGAAGAUGGACGACUACUGCUAUGCUAAGAUGGCGACGUCCGCUAAAAGAGAACAUGAAAGAGAAUCAGCGCCACCAACUUCCAGCAAAUCUCUAACGGAGAUAAAGACGAAAGAUGAAGACGUCCAGCAGCUUAUCGGUAAUCCAGAAGCAGUUUCCCCUCAAUUAGGGGGGAGCUCCACUUUGAAGCAGGAGACUCCACAACCACCCUGCAUUAAAAAGGAAGAGGAGGAACUCUGCAUCACUCAGGAGGGAGAGUGUCUUCUAGGACGAGAGGAAGCUGAUUACACCAAGUUUCCACUGAGUAUUAUCUUUGUGAAGACUGAAGAUGAUGAAGAGAAACCACAAGCAGACAACCUCUUAGCUCCACUAUCAGAUAGUGAGGCUGAAGACGAGAAAAGUUUUACUAAAAAUAGCCAUUUGACUCAACACAUGAGAACACACACAGGAGAAAAAACUUUUAAUUGUUCAGUUUGUGGCACAAGUUUUUCUCGAAAUAGCCAUUUGGCUCAACACAUGAGAACACACACAGGAGAAAAACCAUUUAAUUGUUCAGUUUGUGGCAAAUGCUUUUCUCGAAAUAGCCAUUUGACUCAGCACAUGAGAACACACACAGGAGAAAAAACAUUUAAGUGUUCAGUUUGUGGCAACAGCUUUUCUCGAAAUAGCUCUUUGACUCAACACAUGAUAACACACACAGGAGAAAAAACAUGUAAUUGUUCAAUUUGUGGCAAAAGCUUUUCUCGAAAUAGCUAUUUGACUAAACACAUGAGAACACAUCCAGGAGAAAAACCAUGUACUUGUUCAGUUUGUGGCGAAAGCUUUUCUCGAAAUAGCUAUUUGACUAAACACAUGAGAACACACACGGGUGAAAAACCAUUUAAUUGCUCAGUUUGUGGCAAAAGCUUUUCUCGAUAUAGCUAUUUGACUAAACACAUGAGAAUACACACAGGUGAAAAACCAUAUAAGUGUUCAGUUUGUGGCGAAAGCUUUUGUCGAAAUAGCAUUUUGACUGUACACAUGAGAACGCACACAGGAGAAAAACCAUUUAGUUGUUCAUUUUGUGGCAAAAGCUGUUCUGUUAAGAGCACUUUGAUUGAACACAUGAGAACACAUACAGGUGAAAAACCAUUUAGUUGUUCAGUUUGUGGCAAAAGCUUUUCUGUUAAGAGAAAAUUGACUCACCACAUGAGAACACAUGCUUGAGGAAAACCAUUUAAUUGUUCAGUGUGCUGCAAAAGGUUCCCAUGUAAUACAGACACAGUAAAACACAUAAGAACACACAAGGGAAAAUAACCAAUUACCUGUUUAGUUUGUGGUAUGUUGCUCAUAUGUGGUGACAUCCACCCAACCCAGGACCUCCUCACUGCUUCUUUCACAAAUAUAAUAAUAAUAAUAAUACCUGGGAUUUAUAUAGCGCUUUUCUAAGUACCCAAAGUCGCUUUACAUGUUAAAAACCCAUAUAUCUGAGGUAUUCAUACAAACUGGGAUUAUUUGGAGCAUAAUCUUAUCCAAUCUUAUCUCUGUAUCUGAAACCUUCCUGAACAGUAAGAUAGAUGAUGCUUCAAGUGCUUGGUUACUCCUUCUUCAGUCCAGGGACCUGGGGCCUCAUGUGUCAAGUUUGUGCACGCUCAAAAACCUGCACUACACUCUUUUUCACUGCAAAGUUGAGAUGUAUCAAAACUGACGUUGACGCAUAAGUGAUGCUGGAUAACUGUUUGCAUAAAAAAGUGCCAACUUUUACUCCUCAGACUGAUUGAUGUGCAAAUCAGAGACAUAUGAACAAUUAACUCCCAACACCCACAACCCAACCCCCACCUCCCUCGACAUUCGGGCAUAACAGGUUAAAUCCGGCCCGCGAGAUGAGUUUGCGAAGUGUAAAAUUCAGCUGUUUUUUUAAUGAAAGAAACUGUUGUCCUAAUUGUGUCCACUGGAUGUCGCAAUAGCAAUUCUGUUAGGCAAGAAAAUAGUUAAUACUGAGCAAGUAUACCAAGCAAGAGGUUCACUGUAAAGC